AUGGAGAGGGUCAAGGGUCCUGAUGUGGGGAGUCAUCGCUCUAAAUCAAAGAAUUGGACCAAUGUUCUACCAGAAAGAGGCUGUGGGUUUCUGUGGGUAGUGUUCUGGGUUCUUCUCGUCUACGACUCCCCUGACGCACAUCCCCGUAUUUCGUCAGUAGAGCGACUUUACAUUACUCACAGUAUUGGGAAAAGCUCUACAUCUGAUUUGCUGACGUCUUCAAAAAUACCUUGGUGUUCCAUCAUCACUUCAAGGCCGGUGUGGGCUAUCACGGUAAUCGUUUGUUGUGUCGACUGGGGCUACUUCAUGUUCCAAUCCUGCAUUUCGCUCUUCCUGCAUGAGGUGCUGUUUUUCGACAUCUCGAAGAAUGGAAUGAUAUCAGCGCUGCCUUUCAUUGGAUUUUUCCUCAUCUUGAACGUCUCUGGUGCUUGUUCUGAUUUUAUGAUGAAAAAUAAAGUCUGUUCCACAGUGGUGUUACGGAAAGUAUGGAGUGUCAUAGGACUGGUUGGAGCGGCAGUCUCUAUCGUAGCCCUUGGCUUCCUGGACUCCACACAACCUGUAGCUGCGGUCACCGUUCUCGUUAUAACAGUGUCCAUGCUGGGUGUCUGUUAUAACAACUGCAUCCUUUGUAACAUUGCUGAUAUUGCACCCCGAUUUUCCGGAAUUGUAUUUGGCGUUGUGGCCACCGUGGGAUUUCUUGUCGACCAAGCUGUUCCUGUUGUCGUCGGGGUGGUCACUUCACGGCAAACCCAGGAAGAGUGGCGAACCAUGUUCUUCAUUUGCGCCGGUGUCUAUCUUUUUGGCACCAUGUUCUACUGUAUUUUUGCCUCUGGCCAGAUUCAAGACUGGGCUCAGGACAAUGAUGAGAAAAGACCAAUUUUGAAUGGAGGGCACACACACAAGGAUGAAUGCAAUGGCUCAGGACGAUAAAGCCGCAUUUAGAGGGCUUCAUGUACAUGAAUUUCACUCCAUUAAUUGAAGUUAUUUUUUAUGUACACAAUUAUAUAAAGCAAUGAACAUA